CCGUUGAUUUCGCCUGUCUGAAACUCCCUGCGGCUCCUGUCACCUCGAGCUCUCCUCGUCACUCAUUCAUUCGUUUUAUUUCUCUAUUUCUGUACGUCAGAACCAACCGAACCGCGUCCAGUAUGUUCGAGGAGGCCAGUGAGGUGCUGGAGAACAUGCUAAAGUGGUCGUUUCCGCUGAGUUUGGUGCUGUUUCUGGUUCUGAUGUGUCCGCUGCGUGCGGAAGCGGCGCAUGAGUUCAGUGUGUACCGCAUGCAGCAGUACGAUCUGCAGGGACAAACCUACGGUUCCAGAAAUGCCAUUUUAAACACAGAAGCUCGUACGGUGGAGGACGAGGUGCUCAGCCGUCGAUGUGUGAUGAUGCGGCUCGCUGAUUUCUCGUACGAGAAAUAUCAGAAAGCUCUCCAACAAUCUGCGGGAGCCGUCAUCAUCAUCCUGCCCCAGAACAUGUCUACUAUGCCUCAGGACAUAGUCCAGCAGUUCAUGGAGCUGGAGCCGGAGCUGUUGGCCACGGAGACCAUCGUCCCUGUGUACUUCGCUCUGGAGGACGAGGAGCUGCUGUCCAUUUACACACAAACACAGAUGUCCUCCUCAUCACAGGGAGCUUCAUCGGCUGCUGAAGUGCUGAUUCACUCAGCGACGGCUAACGGUUUCCAGAUGGUGACCAGUGGAGCUCAGAGUAAAGCUCUCAGUGAUUGGGCCAUCACCAGCCUAGAGGGGCGACUAACAGGAGUGGGUGGAGAAGAGCUCCCCACUAUUGUCCUGGUGGCUCAUUAUGACUCGUUCGGAGUUGCUCCAUGGCUGUCGUACGGCGCAGACUCAAACGCUAGCGGAGUCGCCAUCCUACUGGAACUUGCGCGCCUCUUCUCCAGACUUUAUUCCUACAAGAGAACGCACGCAGGGUACAACCUGUUGUUUUUCUUGUCGGGAGGUGGGAAAUUUAACUAUCAAGGGUCUAAACGCUGGCUGGAGGACAAUCUGGAUCACACAGAUUCCAGUCUGCUGCAGGAUAAUGUGGCAUUUGUUUUGUGUCUGGACACUUUGGGUAACAGCGACAAUAUUUACCUUCAUGUGUCCAAACCACCAAAAGAAGGAAGCCCUCAACACACCCUGCUGAAAGAACUGGAGACUGUGUCGGCCCAGCAGCACCCCGAUCUGAAGUUCUCAAUGGUCCACAAAAAGAUCAACCUGGCCGACGACACUUUGGCAUGGGAGCAUGAGCGAUUUGGCAUCCGCCGUCUGCCCGCGUUCACCCUGUCGCACCUGGAGAGCCACCGCAGUGCGGAGCGUCACUCCAUCAUGGACAUGCGACCUCACGUGGAUUUGAAGAAACUCAGUCGUAACACGAAAGUCAUCGCAGAGACUCUGGCGAGGGUGAUAUACAACCUGACAGAAAAAGGUGCCAGUGGAGACCUGGAGAUCUUUACUGAACAGAUGCAGGUACAGGACGAGCAGUUGUCGUCACUGCUGGACUGGCUGACCGCUCAGCCGCGAGCUGCACAACUGGUGGACAAAGACAGCAGCAUCGUCAACACGCUGGAGUAUCACAUGAGCCGCUAUCUGAAGGACGUCAAGAGACAUCUAGUCAGAGCAGAUAAGAGGGAUCCAGAGUUUGUCUUUUACGAUCAACUUAAGCAGACCAUGAAUGCUUAUAGGGUAAAACCGGCGAUCUUCGACCUGCUGCUAGCUGUCUGUAUCGCAUCUUAUCUUGGAGUGCUCUAUCUCGCCGUACAGAAUUUUGGACUUCUGUACGGUUUCCUGCGCAGAGUCACCGCACCUCGGGUCAAACAACACUAACGUACGACUUCCGUCUCUUCUCGCACCUGCAAUAUUAGGGACCUCAGGGGUCCCACAGCAGAGCCAAGAGUGUGGUUUCCUUGUAU